ACCCAGACUGGGCAUCCCAUAGCCUAGGGAUCUUCAUCUGCUUGAAUUGUUCGGGAAUCCAUCGCAAUAUUCCCCAAGUCAGCAAAGUGAAGUCGGUCCGUCUGGAUGACUGGGAUGAUGCUCAAGUGGAGUUUAUGGCCUCGAAUGGAAACAAUGUAGCAAAAGCAAAAUACGAAUCUAAAAUGCCACCGUUUUAUUACAAGCCAACGUUUCUUGACUGUCAACUGCUACGGGAACAGUGGAUCAGAGCCAAAUACGAGCGAAAAGAGUUCAUUCACAGGAAGGGGAACCUGACAUCUGGGUACCGAGAAGGAUUUCUGUGGAAGAGAGGACGCGACAACGGGCAAUUCUUAAGCCGCAAAUUCGUGCUAUCGGAGAGAGAAGGUGCACUGAAAUACUUCAACAAAAAUGAUGCAAAAGAACCCAAAGCAAUUAUGAAGAUUGAACAUCUAAACGCGACUUUCCAGCCUGCAAAAAUUGGGAACCCGCACGGACUGCAGAUCACUUACUUGAAGGACAAUAGCACAAGGAACAUCUUUGUCUAUCACGAAGAUGGCAAG